UGACCUGUUUCACUUCCUGAUUAUUUUUGUGUGGUUUUCUUUCCAGACUGAGCUGCUGCCGUCGCUGAACAGCUCUUCAUCUCGGCUCUCCAUCAGCGUAUCUCUCCACCACAACACCAAAGGCUGCAAAUGGCCCCCCGGUGGCUGAGCUGCAGUACUGCAGUGUUUCUGCUCUUGGUUCACAUCACUCCAGCCGUCACACAGUCCUGCUACGGGGGAGGGAUCCCCGGGAUACCCGGCACCCAUGGGCCCAACGGCAACAACGGUGCCAAGGGAGAGAACGGGGACCCUGGUGAGGCAGGUCAGCCUGUCAGGGGCAAGAAGGGGUUGCCAGGUCUGCAGGGCCCCCCAGGACGGCCUGGGCUGAAGGGGGAAUUGGGUCUCCCUGGGUCUCCUGGUUCUUCAGGCCAUCUGGGGGAGAAGGGAAGAGCCUUCAACCCGUCCAACCAGCAGAAAUCCGUCUUCUCCUACAAACGGGAGAUACCACAAACACCGGAUUUGGACACUGCCAUCAACUUCAACAGUGAGAUUUUGGACCUGGACGAAGAGUUUCAAGGACACUUGCUUACAAACGGGAAGUUCACGUGCAUCGUCGGAGGGAUCUAUUUCUUCAGUUACCACGUUUCAGCAAAGAGCAGAGUGUGUCUGAAGCUGAUGAAGGGCAGCAACAGCGACCUGACGCUGUGCGACUCAUCCGAGGGCUUCCUGGUCACCUCCGGCUCGGCGGUCCUGGUGCUGCAGGCCGGGGACACGGUCUCGCUGCAGGCGACCCGGUACAACCACCUUGUGACGAGCCAGGGCAGCACCAGCCACACCUUCACCGGCUUCCUGAUCUUCCCGACCACCUAGAGAUCCAAUAAAAUCCACCCGUCCUUCUGGUCCAUUCAAUCAUUGUUGGUGACAUCACAGACUUUUUAUGAAACAUGUCUUUUCUGUAACAGCGCACACAUCAGCAGAAUUAAUAAAGAUUGGCUCAAUAGUGCUGCCUUUAAGGACUAUAUCAGCGUUUUUGCAUGAACUACUAAAAGUGUGUAUUUUGCAUUACUGAUUUUCCAAAACAUACCAUGUUAGCAACCUUU